AGCUGCCUAGGCGGGCCGGUCUCCUUCAGCACCCCCACCCUCUACCCUUCAACCUCUGUCAGUCUAGAGCUGCCAACCAGCUUGCAGAGAGGUAAACUCCCUUUGGCGGAGAGAGGGUGAGCUAGCUAGUCGCACGUUGCAAAGAAGAGUUGGGAGUCCGGUAACUGGAAAGCGACUUGAGCACCUCAGACAGGACCUGGUCAGUUAAGUGGCACUCCAGGAGGGCUCCGGGGCGCCCCUCACCUUCUCCCACCCUCCACCCCCUCUUGACACCCCCUACCCCAAGCGCGGAGCCAGAGGUCAGAAGAUAAGAAGACAGGGCUUCAGUAUCCCCAGAUCAAGCCAAACUCGAAACGAAAGGAGUUGAAAACUAAAUUCUUAUUUGCACCUGCUUCAGGGACGCUGAAUUUCAAAGGCAAAGGAGUUUCCUCUUUUGCCCUUCACAAGAUAUGGGCAAUUUUUGAAUCUAUGGUUAAAGUACUGAGGGACAGACUGAGCUUAGCAACGUAGGACCGUGUCCAGAGCGUGUUUUCCGCUGCUCAAGACUUUGGGGGUUGUCUGAGCGCUUUUUGCGUGAUUGGUCCUGCAAGUGAACUUGCAGGUAGGGACGCAGGUGGGCAGCUGGCUGCAGCAACUAUCACCACGUCACAGCCUGUUGAACUCUUCUGAACGAGCGAAGAGGAGGCAGGGUAAGGGAUUUAGGUGCAAGAUUCAGCCAAGCUCAAGGAUGGAGGUGCAGAUGGGGCUCGGGAGGAUCUACCCCCGGCCACCGUCCAGGCCCUAUCGAGGAGCUUUUCAGAAUCUGUUUGAGAACGUGUGCGAAGUGAUCCAGCACCCGAACCCCCGGCACCCUGACGCCUUGAGUGCAGCACCUCCAGGCGCCGGCUUGCAGCAGCAGCAGCAGCAGCAGGCGCCGGAGACCAGCCCACAGCAGCUGCAGCAGCAGCAUGGUGAGGAUGGCUCCCCUCAAGCCCAGAUCAGAGGUCCCGCAGGCUACCUGGCCCUGGACGAGAGAUCACAGCCUUCACUUCAGCAGUCGGCCUCCGAGGGCCGUCCCGAAAGCAGCUGCAUCCCAGAGCCUGGAGCUGCUGCAGCCUCCGGCAAGGGGCUGCAGCCGCAGCCACCAAUACCUCCGGACCAGGAUGACUCAGCUGCCCCAUCCACGUUGUCUCUGCUGGGCCCCACUUUCCCGGGCUUAAACAGCUGCUCCGCUGACCUUAAAGACAUCCUGAGCGAGGCCAGCACCUUGCAACUGCUUCAUCCGCUGCCGCACCACCACCAGCAGCAGGACGCAGCGUCCGAAGGCAGUAGCAGCGCGAGAGCUAGAGAGGCCGCCGGGACUUCCACCUCGUCCAGGGACAGUUACCCAGGCGGCACUUCUGCCAUCUCUGACAGCGCCAAAGAGUUGUGUAAGGCAGUGUCAGUGUCCAUGGGCUUGGGGGUGGAAGCGUUGGAGCAUCUGAGUUCUGGGGAACAGCUUCGGGGAGACUGUAUGUAUGCCCCGCUUCUGGGAGGGCCACCCGUGGUGCGUCCCACUCCUUGCCUCCCGCUGGUGGAAUGCAAAGGUUCCCUGCUAGAGGAUGGCCCAGGUAAGGGCCCUGAAGAGGCUGCUGGGUAUGGCCCCUUCAAGGGAGGUUACUCCUCCAAGGGACUCGAGGGCGAGAGCCUAGGCUGCUCUGCUAGCGGCGAGGCUCUGAGCUCCAGCACACUUGAGAUGCCGUCCACUUUGUCUGUCUACAAGUCCGGAACUCUGGACGAAGCGGCAGCAUACCAGACUCGCGACUACUACAACUUUCCCCUGACUCUGCCUGGGCAGGCUGCUCCUCCUCCACCUUCUCAUUCCCACGCUCGCAUCAAGCUGGAGAACCCACUGGACUAUGGUAGUGCCUGGGCGGCCGCCGCGGCGCAAUGCCGCUAUGGGGACCUGGCAAGCCUGCACGGCACGGGUGCACCCGGACCCAGCUCCGGCUCGCCCUCAACCUCCGCUUCCUCUUCCUGGCACAAUCUCUUCACUUCCGAAGAAGGCCAGUUGUACGGGCCCUGUGGCGGGGGCAGCGGCAGUGGCCCCAGUGGCGAGGCAGGGGCCAUGGCUCCCUAUGGCUACAAUCGGCCACCCCAGGGGAUGGCGGGCCAGGAAGGAGAGUUCCCGGCACCCGAAGUGUGGUAUCCGGGCGGCAUAGUGAGCAGACCACCCUAUCCCAGUACCAACUGCGUCAAAAAUGAGAUGGGACCCUGGAUGGAGAACUAUUCAGGACCUUACAGCGACAUGCGUUUGGAGACUACUAGGGACCAUGUUUUGCCCAUCGACUAUUACUUCCCACCACAGAAGACCUGCCUGAUCUGUGGAGAUGAAGCUUCUGGCUGUCACUACGGAGCUCUUACUUGUGGAAGCUGCAAGGUCUUUUUCAAAAGAGCCGCCGAAGGGAAGCAGAAAUACCUAUGUGCCAGCAGAAAUGACUGUACCAUUGAUAAAUUCCGAAGGAAAAAUUGUCCAUCUUGCCGUCUCCGGAAAUGCUAUGAAGCAGGGAUGACUUUGGGAGCUCGGAAGCUGAAGAAACUUGGAAAUCUGAAACUACAAGAAGAAGGAGAGUCUUCAAACGCCAGCAGCCCUACCGAGGAAACAACUCACAAGCUGACAGUAUCGCACAUUGAAGGCUACGAGUGUCAACCAAUUUUUCUCAAUGUUCUGGAAGCCAUUGAGCCAGGUGUAGUGUGCGCUGGACAUGACAACAAUCAGCCAGACUCCUUCGCUGCCUUGCUGUCUAGCCUCAAUGAACUGGGUGAAAGACAGCUGGUCCACGUGGUCAAGUGGGCCAAGGCCCUGCCUGGCUUCCGUAACUUGCAUGUGGAUGACCAGAUGGCAGUCAUCCAGUAUUCCUGGAUGGGACUCAUGGUGUUUGCCAUGGGCUGGCGAUCCUUCACCAACGUCAACUCCAGGAUGCUCUACUUUGCUCCUGACCUGGUUUUCAAUGAGUACCGCAUGCACAAGUCCCGGAUGUACAGCCAGUGUGUCCGAAUGAGACAUCUCUCACAGGAGUUUGGAUGGCUCCAAAUAACCCCCCAGGAAUUCCUGUGCAUGAAAGCAUUGCUACUCUUCAGCAUUAUUCCAGUGGAUGGGCUGAAAAAUCAAAAAUUCUUUGAUGAACUUCGAAUGAACUACAUCAAGGAACUCGAUCGUAUCAUUGCCUGCAAAAGAAAAAAUCCCACAUCCUGCUCAAGGCGCUUCUACCAGCUCACCAAGCUCCUGGACUCUGUGCAGCCUAUUGCGAGAGAGCUGCACCAGUUCACUUUUGACCUGCUUAUCAAGUCCCACAUGGUGAGCGUAGACUUUCCAGAAAUGAUGGCAGAGAUCAUCUCUGUGCAAGUGCCCAAGAUUCUUUCUGGGAAAGUCAAGCCCAUUUAUUUCCACACACAGUGAAGCUUUUGAAGUAUCCAUUUCCCUAUUCCACCCAACUCCUCUGUUCAAAUGUCUUCUGCCUGUUACAAUUCUGCACUAUUCUGCAGUGCCUUGGGGGAAUUUCCUCUACUGAUGCACAGUCUGUCAUAAUCAUGUUCCUGAGUUCUAUUUGCUGCCCCUUUCCCUCUCUUUCCCUCCUCUUCUUUGCUUCUUCCCUUUCUAGCUGCCCUCCCAUGGCAUCUGCAGAUUCCUGCUGUGGCUUCUACUAUCUGUGUUUUGAAUGGUGUUGUAUUUCUUUAAAUCUGCCAUGAUCCCCAUGUGGCUCCGUUUCAAGUUCUACUUGUUUACAGCACUGUGCUCUGUGCCAGCCACACAAACAUUUACUUACCUAUCCCGUGGAAACUUUAGAGCUAAGAUCAUCUGGGAGAAAAGUAAACAAAAACAAACAAAAAAUGGCAAAAGACAAAAAUCAAACACA